CAUUUUGCAACGCGCAGUUGAAACAACAUCGUCAGCUACACAAAAGAAAGACGCGAGGAGAUUCGGCACAGCAUUCGACGCACAGAGGGAACUAAAAGGAAAUACAGAUGUUUAAGUGGACUGUGUUGCGAGUUAUGUUUGUAUAAAAGUUUAAUUUGUGCGGCGACUCAACGGCUCAAAGAUGUCGGACGACGGUGCGAGGGAGGACGCCUGCCGCGAGUAUCAGUCCUCGCUGGAAGAUCUGACUUUCAACAGCAAACCGCACAUCAACAUGCUCACCAUUCUAGCCGAGGAAAACAUCCAGUUCACCAAGGAUAUCGUCGCAAUAAUUGAAGCACAAAUUGCCAAGGCACCUCCUGUUGAGAAGCUUCCAGUUUUGUACUUAGUGGAUUCCAUAGUGAAGAAUGUUGGAGGGGCUUACCUUGAAGUGUUUGCUAAGAACCUAGUCAAUUCCUUUAUUUGUGUAUUUGAAAAGGUUGAUGAGGGCACUAGAAAAAGUCUCUUCAAAUUGCGUUCUACAUGGGAUGAAAUUUUCCCCUUGAAGAAACUAUAUGCACUUGAUGUGCGUGUGAACUCUGUAGAUCCUGCAUGGCCCAUUAAACCAUUGCCACCAAAUGUGAAUGCCAGCAUUCAUGUCAACCCCAAAUUUUUAAAACCGACUGAAGAAACGCCCCCGAAGCCUACACCACCACCUCCAACACCAAGCUUGACUCAAGAGCAGCUGAUAAGGCAACAGUUGCUUGCAAAGCAAAAGCAGUUGUUAGAACUUCAGCAAAAGAAGAUAGAGCUUGAACUUGAACAAACAAAAGCUCAGUUGGCUGCCAGUCCAUCUCUGGCUUUAAAUCAUCAUGCCAGUGCUCCAGUCCGUUUCAAUGCCUCACCAAAGGUUAAUCCAACGGUUCCUGUUCCGCAGACCAAAUCUUGGCCUCCUGCCCCAUCAGAAAAAUUGUCAACCAGAGAUCCUAGAUUAAACAGAUCUGGUACAACAGCUGUAAAUCCAAAAGAACAAGUGACGCAUAAAAAGGAGAGUCCAGCUGCACCAAGCUUUCAAAAUGCUCCAGAAAAAAGAGGACAAGCCUCAUCUGAAAGACCGGCUAAGUUGGAUAAGUUGAGAAUUCCAAAAAAGGAUAACUCUGCUGUUGAAGAAAAGUCUAAAUCCAAGUCUAUGUUGCCAUCUGGAAAAGUGAUGCCUGUAAGACCUAGAGGAUUGGAGUCUGAACAAUCUAAGUCUGCUGAAGUCAACAAAAAGGACCCAAGGCUACAUAAGCAGAUGCAUGAAAGGAUGGAUUCAAAAGAUGAAGAUGUUCGAGAGAAGAAAAGAAGCUCAGAGAAAAAAGAUAGGGAUGAAGGUUCCAAAAAUUUGGAUCAUCAGAAGUUAAGCAGCAACAGAGGCAAACUUAUAAAUGGCUCUGUGAACAAGCAUGAAAAGCUAGAGACCUUUCUGAAACAGGAGAUCAAAGUGAACAAAGCAAAUGUUAGAAAAAGGUCAAGAUCGCGUUCUCCACCCGUACAUUCUCCUAAAAGAAAAGAGAGGCGAUCGUCUCCAAAGAGAAAAACCAGGAGCAUUAGUCCACCUCCCAAGUCUGGAAAGUCUAGACUCAGUAAGCAUCCACAUGAUGAUGCUUUCCCACAACCAAGUGCAAGAGAUGAACGUACGAAGAAAAGUGUUCCUGAUUCGAGACGACCAAAAAGGCCUCUUGAGGAUAGACCUGCUGAAAAGAAAGAUGGAUCACUGCAAAGAAUUUCUGCUGCAGAGCAUAAAGAUCUAAAAGAUGGCAAGAGGUGGAGGAGUGGAUGGGAAGAAAACAAACAUCCUAAACACUCAGAUACAGAUCUGUCACAUGGGCGAAUGGGGAUCCAGAAACACAAAACUUGGAACACUAAUCAAAGACCACCCACACCUCGGACACCUAAGCAACAUCGCUUAAGUGUUGAUAGCAACAUACAAAUACCAGAAGCACUGCAUUCUGCUAGUAAACGGGAUCUUUUAAGAAAGGCUAGCAAAAGGCGUGCUGAUGGCGAAAUAUCCAAUGAUGAAUUUCUCAGCGUAGCUCAUCAAAUCAACCAACUUUUUCAAUAUCAAGAAGAAAGGCAACGAUCAGAUUCUUGGGAUGAAUCAUGUGAUGAGGGAGUGUAUCCAUCAAGAAAGAAACAAGAAACCAUAUCUGAUGCUUACCUUGAGCAUAAAUUAAAGUUGAGAAGAACUCAGCUCCACCGUCCAGUGCAAAGAGGGGGACAUUUACCUUUGCAUGAAAUGUAUCACUAUCCGCCUCAUCAUGAAGUAUCUGAACAAUAUAGUGAAAGCUUGGAUGUGCAUAAAAUGUCAGGUGAUCCCAUUAAGCCACUCUCUGACCAUGAAGAUCACAGAAGAAUUGACAGGCCUCCAUCCUGCACAGGGUCUACUUUCAGAAAUUCGCCAAGCCCAGUUGGCUUAGAUGGUAUCUGUGGAAAAUCCACAGUACUUCCAUUUGAACGGCCAUCCUCACCAUCUGAAAUGGAUCAACAACCUGAGGGAGACAUCAGCCCACGUUUUGAAAGUCCCAACAGUGUGCACUCUGGCACAGGCCCAGAUGAUGGUCCAAUUAGCGUUGAGGGUCUUCCCAGGCACGAUCAUUUCUUGGAACAAGGACGAAGUGGGCGAAUCCAUGGUGAAUCACCUGGAAAUACACCAAGUCACUCAGAAGGACCUACAACGCAGGUCAAUGCAGCACGGCAUGAUGGACCAAUUCAUCAACGUUUUGAUAGGUACAAAAAUCCUCAGGCUCCCUUUGAUGGACCAUCUAGCCACAUGAGAGAGCCAAGAUUGGAUGGACCUCCAAGACCAUUUGUUCCACCUUCACGAUAUGAAAGCAAUACAGGGGGAUUUGAUGGGUCAGGUGGACCUGUAAGGUUUUCCGGACACCGCUUUGAUACCCCUCACCACUUUGAACAAUUUCCCAAAGCACCUGAAAGACCUGUGAGAUUUAACAACCCACAAGUUUCACAUAGGCCAAUGCGCUUCGUAGAGCCUCAUAAUGUUAGAUUUGACUCCCCAACACCGGUUCAUUAUGAUCACUCAAUGCCCCAAAACAGAUUUGUUAAUCCACCAAGGUUCGAUAACCCUCAAAUGCAACAGGGCCCACCAGGAUAUGAGGAACCACAUUUUCCAGCUAGGAUAAUUAAUUAUGAUGAACAGCAGGGUCCAGUUAGAUUUGAUAACCCAACAUGUGGGAUUCGUUUUGAGAACCCUGUGCAGCCUGAACCCUUAAGGUUCGAUGCACCACCUGUCAUGCCAAGAUAUGACCCACAGGGCCCUCCAAGAUACUGCGGUCCAAAUAUUCCAAACCAGCUAAGACCACAGGAACCAACAAUGUAUGAUCAAACUCAAGGUCAAGGUCCAAUGAUAAACCCUACUGUACCCCCACCCAAUUUCAACAUGCCACCCAUAAACUCAUUUGGUGGUCCAGCCCAGCAGUUUUCCAUGCAGCAAAAUGUCUCGCAAACCUCCAACUUCAGUGUGCCAGUUCCUACAUCAUCAGAUUUUCAGGGUUCAUUUAGACCUCCAUUCCCUGGUCCGGGUGUCGGAGGUGUUCCUCAGCCUAUGAUGGGUGCUCAAAACUUCAUGCCCCAAAAUCCAAUGCCUUUUCAGCCAGUCUCCCAAUUUCCACAGCCUGAGCCAGAGCCAUUGAGACAAAUAGAUGUGAAUGAUCUGAUGUCUAAGCUUAUAUCCACUGGAAUUAUUAAACCUGCACCUACAGACUCAACAGCUGACUCCCCAUCAGCUAGUCAGACUAUAUCUGUGCCUGAAGAAGAGGAGGAGGAGGAGGAGCAAGAGCAAGAAGAAGAUGACAGUGUCCCAGAUUUGACUGGCUUUAUUUUGGAUGACAUGAAACAGAGACACGAAAGCAUUAUCACUAAACUCUAUACUGGAAUCCAGUGCUAUUCCUGUGGCAUGCGUUUUACUGCAUCUCAGACAGACGUGUAUGCAGAUCAUUUGGACUGGCACUACAGACAGAACCGCUCAGAGAAAGACAUCAGUAAGAAAGUCACGCAUCGCCGCUGGUACUACAGUCUGACGGAUUGGAUUGAAUUUGAGGAAAUCGCUGACCUUGAAGAGAGGGCAAAAAGUCAGUUCUUUGAAAAAGUUCAUGAAGAGGUUGUACAGAAAACUCAGGAGGCAGCCAAAGAAAGGGAGUUCCAGAGCGUGAAGGCUGCAGCGGAUGUCGUUCAUGAGUUGUGCGAGAUUUGCCAGGAGCAGUUUGAAAUGUACUGGGAGGAGGAAGAGGAAGAGUGGCACCUGAAGAAUGCCAUCAGAGUUGAUGAAAAGACCUAUCAUCCCUCAUGUUAUGAAGACUACAAAAAUACAUCCUCCUUUAUGGACACCACACCCUCGCCCAAUAAAAUGCUUACAGAAAAUCCCUUAACAGCUUUUUUGAAACAAGAGCAGGAUGACGAGACGUCGUGUUCCAGUAUUAAAGAAGAGCCCGCUGAUGAUGAUAUGGAGGCUCCAAUGGUAAAAGAGGAGGUUCAGGUUAAGUUAGAAGGAGAAUCACAAACCAGUGCAAUUGUUUUCUAACUAUGCUGCUCUUUAGCCACUUCUUUUGGUGGUUAUUUAACUGGUCCUUUGUGUUUUUGUAAAGAAGGAUAUUUUUAUAUUGCAGAGCUCUGGGGCCGGGACCUCAGCUAGUCACUUUAAAUACAUUUUUGUAUUUGUAUUUGCCUGCACAUUUCAGGUAUUUUUGCCAUGUGAAUGCCCAAUGAAAUGUACUGAAAAAGAUGUGCGUUUGGGGUAUAUGUAUAUGUAUAAUUUAAUUUAUAAAUAAAGAUAUUUUGGUAUACUUUGUGUAGUAUUGAUAAAACAAAAGGUUUAAAAUGUUUGUUUUUGGUUCUGAAUUUAAGAUACUUGUUCUGAUUUCUUUUGGAAAUGGUCAACAGUGGUUGAAUACUAAUUUAUGAAUUACCUUCAUGUCUUGACUACAAAAAAAAAAAAAAAAA